UUGUCUUCAUGAUAUCGGCGUAUGCAAGUCCUCACGGAAUAAAAACUUUACUCGGUGUAAUCUUUUUUUAUGAGGAAUCUUCCCCCCCGAGACCAGGGCGCUGGAGUCGCAAGAGUUAAAGGGAGGUGCUUGGGAAAUUGGAUGCUAAUGAAGUCUAAGGAAUGACUUCACUCUACAUUAACAUUCUUCCAGGCUUGCAGAGGUCAGUCCCCACUACUGGGGAAGGAAACUCCUCUGCUCCCUACCUGGCCCUUGCAAGCCGCCCAGCUCCAGAGAGCGUGGCCUUCUCAAGUGCAGCUCCGCGCCGUCUCUUAGAUGCGGCUGGAGAUGCUGCGGUGGGCUCGCUGCUGCUGCUGGCUGGGUGUUUGCCUCUCGCUGCUGGGGGAAGGGGGAGGAGGCAGCGGCGCUGCCGGCUGCCGGGGCACCCUGUGUGGCGACGGCGGCGGUGAUCGAGAUCCGCCCAGACAGCAGUGCCUGGGGCCCCGCUGCUCGGGCAGAGCCAGCCGCCCGUCCCGCUCCUUCCCUCACACCGUCACGCCCGCCCGCGGCAAGCAGGCGCCGAGCGCCCCGCACGCUGCCCCUCUCCCCGCCUUCCCCUCCAGGAGCACGGCCGAGCUCAGCCCGGAGCUCCCUGCCCCGGCCGCUAGGGGCGCCGGGGAGACCUGCCUGGGAGGGGACUGCGCCGCCCGGGCCCCCAACGGCACCAGCCGGGACUGCAAAGGCGUUGAAUGCAAAUUGCCCCUGCGGCUCCGCCACAGGUCCCGGCCGGGCAGCAGGGCUCAGUGCGCCCAGCAGGGAGAGCCCUGCCCGGAGCCCGCCCUGCUCCGAGAGGCAGAGCGAGCCGCCCAGUUCCUCGCGGAAGACUUCGCCUACCCGGCCUCGGAGCUGGGCGUGCAGCUCACCUGCGACCUCAAACCAGGAGAAAAUGAAGUUCCAUCUGAAGAUGCACUAAUAUUACAACUGCAGCUUGCAAAAGGCCAAGAGAAAUUUGUUGAAAUGUUAAAAAGCCAACAGAAGAUAAUUGUGGAUUUGCAACAAAAACUUGCUGAACAACAGAGCACGUUAGUUAGCCAGCAACGAGAAAUUCUUGAACAACAAAGAAAAAUGUAUGAGCAAAUGGAUCUGAUAAAAGUCCAGUAUGGCAUGCUUUUCGACACAGUGAAACAAAUGUCAUUCCAGAGUUUGCAUGAGGAUAUUCAACAUUAUUUUGAAGCUCAGCUUCAAGGACUUCAGAACCAGGUCAGAAAUCAUCUCCAGAAGUCAUACUCUGUACAUAAAGUAGAAGUUGAUGCAAAAGUGAUUGAUGUUGGGGAGUCUUUGCUGGACUGCGGCCUUUGUAAAACUGAUGAAUUUUGCAAUUUUCAAAAGACACCAUCACAGUGUGAAAAAUGCACCUUGUGCCCUGCUGGCUUUUUCCAAAUGUCUGAAUGUUCUGCAAACGCCGAUCGGAUUUGCCAGGACAGAGACGAAUGCAUUGAAUCUCCCAACAUUUGUGGUGAGAGAAUAAAAUGCCUGAAUACUCCAGGUGGCUUCCGAUGCCUUGGAAUUGCUGAAAAAGAUGCAGCCUUGGGACUGUGUGGAGAGGAAUAUUUCUUUAAUAAAGAAAUGCAGGAAUGCCAGGCUUGUUCAGAGUGUGAAGACGGAAUAGUAGCUUUCUCUUGCUCCCCAGUCACUGACACUGUUUGUUCAGCAGCCAGCGAGAACAAGCUUUCUGAAUCGUGGGCUGCAAACAUUAUUUUACCCUCAGUAAAGUCUGGCACUUCUCAGGUCUACCCUGGUUUAAACUUGAAGAUAAAGGGAAAGCUUCACUGUGAAGUUGUAUCUGUUGAAGAUAACAGCCUGGUAUUCAGGCAACAUGGUUUGAUGUGGACUGACCUCAAUUUUGCUGUAAAGCACAACUGCAGAAACUUUCUCCAGCUGUCCUUGAAAUUAAAUGACACUGAGGAAGGCUGUGAACUGAGUGGUGUUCGUAUCGAACAACCAGAAGGAAAAUAUUUUCAGAGCACAAGUUUAAGCAGCGCGGCAGAGGUGGAACCAAGCCAAACUCUCUCUCUCUUUCUGAAGAGUCCAAAUCAAUUCUGCAAUCAAAGUAAAGACUUAAAUAUUUUUGACCUCAAUACUCCACUCAGUUUGUUUUGGUUGUCCCAUGAUACAGGUGCGGUGGCUAUGAGUGCACAGAUGUCAACUGCAAUGCACUACCAAACUAAUUAUCGACCUACUUUUAAAGUUAUUUCCGUUUCUGACCCUUACAUGCUAAGUUUAUCUCACGAUGGCAGAGCUAUAAAGUUUACUGAAACAGGUGUCAUAAAAUUUGUUUUUCACCAAGCACUCUAUUCCAUGGGCCAUACAUGUGUUCGUGAAGGCUUUUCCUUGGUCUCUUAUAUGAAUAGGAAUGGUACUAACCGAGAAUUAAUGAACAUGUAUAAAUCUGGUGUAAAUUACAGAGACACAUCAAUAUCUGCUUCUGGGGCCACAAAAGUCAACAGUGGAGAUCUACUUAGCUUUGAGAUCCGUUCUCCAGCUCAAUGUAACGUUCGAUAUUUUGGAGACAGCUCUGGAAUUAGUAUGCUUAGCCUCAUCUGGAUCCCAUCUGCAGUUUCCACUGCCAUCUCAGCCACAGUCUCUGUUACACGACUGCCUACAGGAGCUGUCAGAAACAAAUUACUGGAUUUCACCCAGGUCUCAGCCAGUGAGAAACAAAUACAGCUUGUUUCUUCUGGAGAACUUGCUCAAAAGUACUUCAGAUUUACUGAAAGGGGAGUUGCUAGCAUUGUUUUUAAUUUAAAGCUGAUCCACUCAUGUAAUGUACUCAAAGUGACUCUAAAUCAUUUGAUCAGUGAUCAGAUGCAACCCACAGCAAUUGGCCAGCAAAUUGGAGGUCAAAUGCCUGAGGGAAGUAUAUGGACCAGUGUGUCCCUCCGCUCUUCUUUCGAAGUGCAUAAUGGUACAUUGAUAUCCAUUUCUCUUGACUGUGUGCGUGGAAGAAUCAAUCAGAUCGCUCAUGAACAUAGCACCAGCAUAUCCAUUUUAUGGAUUUCAUCUUAGUUACUUUCGAGUGAAGUAAGCCUGAAUGGACAGUUUUCAAUGGGUUUUGAAUUUUGUCAUACUACGUAUGUUCAGAACCAUAGAUUGUGUGAACAUGUACAGAACAUUGCAUUAAAAUAUUCUUACCACUGGAAACAUUUUAAAAAUAAUCUUUGGUUGGAUUAUCAUCUAAACAAAAGUAAUGUUUCUGCUUUUCGAAAGGGAUUGCUCUGUUGACAUCUUGGAUCGUAGUGUCAGGAUUCCAGCUCAGGCUCUACUUCUUACAAAGCAUUCUCUUGAACUCAGAUUUUGCAGGACCUACAAAAAUAUGAGGGAAGGUAAAUAGAAUAAAAUGCUAUUAAAAAAAAAAAAGUACUGAAAUUGGCAAGAGCAAAGACACCCAAACAAUCUAGGCCUGAUUUCAAAUGCCAUUAUCCCUUACUACAGCUGGGUAAUGCAAGGACUACAUGCGCUUGCCUUAGGUAUUACAAACUCAUCUUGUCAGGCUCUGACAUAGCGGUGUUUCCCGUAUAUAGGCAGAGAGAAAGUAUGCUUCAGACUAAAGGCAAAAGAGUAACAGCUCAGCAUUCAUGCUUAGAAUGUAAAAAAGAGGGUUGGUCAACAAAUAUAAUGUAAUUUUCACCCCCCUCCCCAGCCCCUCAAAAAUGUAAGGUAAAUGACAAUUUUAGUGUUAUUUAUAAUGGAAAAAAAUGGUUUUAAGUGUCUUUGGGGGAAUGGGUGUUUCCUUCCACUUUUUUCUUUCUCACUUUUUUUUUUUAAGCUGCUUUCCCCCCAAAAAAUGUGUGUGGAGGGAAUAAAAAAGAGGAAGCAGGGGAAACACCUCCCACAAAAAAGCUUCUUAACCCCCCCCCAAAUCAACAACAACAACAACAACAACAACAAUCUCAGAAGAAACAAAAUGAAACUUUUUGAAAUAAAUAUUUGUUCCACGAUGAUUUGUUGAGAAAAUAAUAAUUAUUAUUUUAUUUUUAAUUUUGGCUUAAAAACAUUUAAAACAAAAAUGCAUCUUUUUGGUGAAAAUGUUCAGUCAGCUCUAAUAAGAAAAUGUAAUUAAUAGCAUUGACUUUUGUUUGCUCUUUUUCCAGGCCUUCCAUCAAACUUCAAAUUUUGACUAUGCUGUAUUUGGAUGGGAUUACAAUAUUUAUGGAAUUGCUUGUGUGUCCUAAUAUGGAUGUACUCAGUGAAAUUUUUUACAGCACAGAUCAUGUACAUGCUGUAAUUGCUUACUUUGUAUGUGUUUUAUGUAUUGGUUAGAAAUGGCACUAGGCAGGUACCAGUGAGAAUUAUAAAUAUUAAGGCUAAGGAAAAGCUUUCAGAGUAGAAGUGCUUCACUACACUAUGCUCCUGAUUCUGCACUCCUAGCAAUCCCAAAACUUUCAAGUCAAAGGCAGUUUUGGAUGCACUAUGGCCGGAAUGCAAAGUCUGGCUCCUAAGUGGUUAAACUAAACAUCACAAAUACUGCUUCUCUUUCACUAUUUGUUAUCUCAGAGGAUGCAGGCAGAUUAGGACAGAUCACUGUCUCUCCAAAUACUUCUUUAACAAUAAUUUACAGCAAAUUUCACUUUCAAGUGGGUUGUAGCCAAUUGUUUCCUUGCCCUCCUCACUAAAAAUACCCUACAUCUAUAUUUCAGUCCAGAUUUUGCCUUUGGUUACACGAACGUAAGCCUGGAGUAACUAGGAAUCACUUUUGAUUUACACCAGUGUAACUAAGAGCAGACUAUGGGCCUCCAUAUUUUUAUAUGUGCUCUGAAGCCAGUACCAUGUACUGUAUGACAUGAUCACCAACAGUGCCCUGUAAUCCUACACCAAAUAUUAUUCAAAAGGAAUUGGGCAUAGUGAAAAUGAACGUUAAUGUUAUGGUACCCAAAAUGUAACCAAAUUGCAUAUUUUCCCUAUAAUUGGUUUAUUUUAUCCACUUUUGUUGACCAUUCUUGAACUCCUUUAAUCAAAUCAAUGUAAUGUUAACUCUUUCUAAUAUCAGAAUCCUGUACAUUGGAUACUUCAAGUGCAAAAUCCAUUUAUAAACAACAUUUUGCUCCAAUGCCAUGGAGUCCUUGCUCACACAGAGUGGUACUUUUCUCUGUGAGUAGUUCCAGUGCAGGUAAUUGCAAUGUAAGGUACUGUGCAGUAUGAACAAGGGUGGCAGAAUCUGGCCAAUACAGAUAAAGAUGGAUAAACAGAACCUAUUCUAAUGCAUAUAUGCAGCCCUGUAGGUUACUACUUUACAGUAUGUAUGUAACAUGCAGUAGUUCAUUGUAAUAAACUUGUCCAUUACAGAAGGGAAAUACUUUAGACUUUCUAAUGCUCCUUAUAUAUAGGAAAGAUAAUUUGGUUUAUAGCAGACUGCCAUUCCUGUAUAAUGACAUUCUGCUUCAAUGUGUGUUCUAAACAUUUUGCAACUGUAAAAAAUUUUAUCUGAAUAUAUUUUAUUACUUUUACAAAGUUUUUAUAUUUCUCUAGUGUCAAACCUGGAAGGAUAUCUUAAGUAUACUUUAAUUUAAUAUUGUGUUUUUGUGCUUUCUGUUGGUGUUUAUGCAGAAUACAGUACAUUAUGAAAACUACAUUUAGUUUAUGGGGUUUUUUUAAUCAGGUAUCAUGUUUCCAAAUAUUACCUUGAUUUAAAAAUAUUGUUUGUAUUACAAUAUGUAUUAAGAAAAUUUAACACAAAUAAAACAGACUGACUUGAAUGUUGCUUAAUGUCCUAUUACCAUGAUGGGGUGAAAUCCUAGCCCACUGAAGUAAAUUGGUGUUUUACCAUUGUCUCAUCAUUGCUUGCCUGUGAUAUUUAAAUUGUGUUAGGCCUGUAUUUCUAGGGGACAUCAGAGUUUUGGGGUUUUUGCAAAUUUAGCUAUCUGAAUAGUUAAAAACUUGUAAUUGAUGUUAUCAAGCUGAUAAAUGCUUUUAAUAAAUUAAUUUAUUUUAA